UUUUCCUGGGCUGGGCGUCCGCACUACAUAAGAAGAUGCAGGAAGGCGGCGCUAAUGAGAGCCAGUCUUCAGCCAUUGAGAAGAAGAAGGAGGAGGAGAAAGAAGCGGCGGCCCCACCACCACCACCACCACCAGUAGCACCACCGCUAGUAGAAGCAGCAGAGGCGGCGCCAGAAGAAGCGGCAGCAACAACAGCAGCAGCAACAGCAGCGGCGCCAGAGGCGGAGGCAGAGGCAGAGGAGGCGGAAGAGGACAGCGUUACAAGCGAGGAAUCGGAGGCUGACACGAUGGUGAAGAUCAUAGGGGACCUGAAUGAAUUCCAAGCUGAAUUGGCAAAUGCUGGGACCAAGCUCAUAGUCGUUGACUUCUCCGCCACAUGGUGUGGGCCGUGUAAAAUGAUCAAGCCUUUCUUCCAUAGCAUGGUUGAAAAAUAUCCAGAAGUAGUCUUCAUUGAAAUUGAUGUGGAUGAUGCUCAGGAUGUGGCCUCACACUGUGAUGUGAAGUGUAUGCCAACAUUCCAGUUCUACAAAAAUAAUGAAAAGGUGCAUGAAUUUUCCGGAGCAAAUAAAGAAAAGCUGGAAGAAGCCAUUAAGAAGCAUAUGUAACCAAAGGUCCUUAAUUCAUGACUGACUGUUAAAUUAUAGCCUUUUCUACAUAACACACUGAUCAAGUUAGAAUAUGUAUUCAGAUACACAUUGACCCUUCAGUCUGUAAAUGAAGAUAAUAAAAAUAUAUAUAAAAGGUU